AUGUCUAAGACGGCCCCAGAGCCCAGUACACCCUCAUCCCAAGCUGGGCCUGUACAAGAGAAGAGCCCAACUCGGGCUCCUCGUCCACCCAGGCCCAACUACAAGCACAUUCAUCGCUUCCCGCUCCCGCUUAGUGUCCAUCCAGUUCCUCCCGUAAUCCCUCAUAACCCCCUCUCCAUCAUUAGUGUUGUCCUUUCGUACCUGACCUUCCUGGUCUCUCCGCCACGUCAAGAAGUCUACUCGGCUUACUUCGACUCAGCUACCUCAUCCGUCCAUGUCACAGAUGAGAAGGCAAUUCGGGCCCUGUGGGAGAGGGGGUUCUUUGGUAAAGGUAGUCUGAGUCGAAGUCAGCCCAGCUGGCUGGAGCGGGAGAAGAAACGGAGAGGGCUGCUGGGUGGAAACACAAGCGAGGAGGUUACAAGGAAACGCAGGUCGGAGCGGCGCGAGCUCAAACUCGAGCGAGCUCGAAUGGAGAAAUUGGCCAUCGAGGAAAGGCUCAAGACCGAGGCGGCUGCCAGGGAAUCUGGUGCUGUGUCCGAUGACCAAAGCGCCCCGACUACACCCGCAAAUGGUACGGCUAACGGUGCUGCCACUACCACAGAGAAGUUCUCCCUCAAGAAGGCAAAGGAGGCAAGGCUUCAGGAGUCACGGAAUCUGGCACAGACCGAUAAUUCCGCCGUUCCAGCCGACUCGUCACUGAAGCCGACCAACGGCAAGACUGUCCGUUUUUCACCAGUUGUGCAGGAGACCAAGUUCCCCUCCGACUCGACCGUUGCGCUUCAGUCGCCCGAAGCCAUUGUGGCCGGAGACGAUGCAGAUGAUGAACCGGCGCUUCAGAAUGAAGAGCAUCUUCAACUCUCCAACGAAGAGGCUUUCUUCCUCGUCUAUGCGCUGGGUGUCUUGCGAGUCUACGACCCUGAGCAGAACACCGUAAUUCCCACCUCGUCUCUAUUUCCACUCCUCCGACACCAUUCCUUCUAUCCUCCUCGCGCCACUUCCUCCGAACUACAGCCCGACGACCCCUUCAUGAUCUCCUAUGCCGUGUACCACCACUUCCGGUCGCUGGGGUGGGUUGUUCGCUCUGGUGUGAAAUUUGGAACCGACUACCUGCUGUACAACCGCGGUCCGGUCUUUUCGCAUGCCGAGUUUGCUAUCGCCGUCAUUCCCUCGUACGAGCACCCAUAUUGGAAGGAUACAGAAGAGCGCAGGGAAUAUGCGGCGAGCAAGCAGGCCCGGAGUUGGUGGUGGCUGCAUUGUGUGAACCGGGUACAGGCCCAAGUGCUGAAAAGCCUGGUACUAUGUUAUGUCGAAGUGCCUCCACCAGCCGGUUUCUCUGAUGACAUUGGCGCUGCGCUGGGUCGCUACCGUAUCCGUGAAUUUCUCAUUCGUCGCUGGGUGCCCAACCGAAGUCGCGAUUGA